CUUACCGGUAUAUCCAGUGAAAUGACCGCCAAGAGAACGUCGAACCAAGCUGGCCUUGGGAAUGAAGACGACCCGAACCCCAAACGGGCAGUGAAGGCGCCAGAACCCGUGCAAGAUGACGACUCUGCACUUCCCCAGCCAGAUGCUGCAGCUGAGGGCAUCCCCGACGCAGAUAGCGCGACAGACAAGGAUGAUCCCUUGUGGACCUUCUUGGAGGGUAUUGAACCCACUGGUCUGACACCGCAUUUCGCCCUGCCAGAAUAUUCCCCCGGGGACUUGGGCUCCAGUACUUCCCCGCGGCUGCAUGCGUCGGAAGUCAAAGAAGCACAUCCUGCCCCAGCUGACUUGAGAAGUCCUGACCUCUCUGGCGAACACGCGAGUGUAGCCGAAGGUGCUUCGGCGAAAAAGGGCGCUACAAGGAAACAUGCCUUUGCAGGCGAUUAUGUACCCCCCCAUGAUGACGCGCAUGCUGAGGUCAAACGUACCGAAGGUGUGGCUGAUGAUCAGGAUAUUCCUGAAACCUUGGGGGUGGAGGAGAAAGGGGACGUACAAGAAGAAGAAGAAGAAGAAGAGGAAGAAGAAGUCAUGGCCAGUACCAAGAAGAAACGGGGGCGUCCCAAGCUGAAAGACGUCAAGUCCUCCUCCGGGAAGGUUGGCCGUCCGAGGCAAACCGCCAACGACUAUUCGGACCAGGUGAAAGAGAAAUACCGUCAGAAGCAUCUGGAGGCGGAGAAGAACAAGAAACCGAAUAGAACGAACAAUGCCUGUGAUCGUUGCAAGGCCCGGAGAGGGACUUGCGACAAAGAUCCCUACUGCUGCAAGGCAUGCCAGCUAGCCAAGGUGGAAUGUAAAAUGACGGAUCCAAAUACCCUGGAGGCGUGGCCUCGCGGAGCCUGUCGGAGGUAUAAACGUCAAAUCGAAGAGUUGCUGGAGAAGAAGAAACAACUCGAAUAUGCAUUCCAAGGAUCCCAACAUAGGGUGCUACUUCUGGAAAAUCAACUGAAAGCCGCGGGUAUCACACCAAUUAUGGUCUCGUCUCAUCCUCCUCAUCCUCUUCAUCCGAGCGCGCCAGUCCAGAAUCCAACGUCGGUCGCUUCAGCGCCUCGUCACCCCCAAAUCCCCAGUCCUUACCGGGUAGACCAGUGGGCUUACCCGUCCUUCCCAAAUGCUCUACAGGGAAAUUCCACGAUGCAAGCUGUUCCGGGCUCCCAUCACCACACAUCGGCCCCCCAGGAUACAUGGCAAGCCAUGUACUCGAGAAAUUACAACCUUGCGCCGCCGCCGCAGCUCCCUGGCUAUAAUCCCCCCCCAGGACAGAGUCCUGGCCAGCGAGCAAUGCAGCAUGGCCCGGGUUCUUCACGCCGGCACUCCCGUUCUAUCCAACCCCAGCAGCCGCAGCCGCGGCGGCGACGACAGCAGCAGCAGCAGCAACAACAGCCACAACAGCAACAACAGCAACAAGCAGGUCCAUCCCAGUCUCAAUACCCCAACCGCCGCCAAUCCUCAUCCCAAACCUCCAGCGUCGGCGUCAGCAAUGUCCCCAGCUUCGACCACAACCUCAACCUGGAAACCUUUGGCAUGAACCCCGCCGCCGCCGCCGCACACCCCUCCAUGAACCUGAACCCUUCGCUCGCGCAAGCAAUGUUUCCUUUCCCCCCUCCCGGACAGCCAAUGUACCCCAACCCGGGUCCUCUCGACCCUACCGCCAACUUCGCAGGCAUGGGCAUGCCUGGACUGGACGCCGUCGAUCCAACCCUGGACGUAUCCGACUACAUCACUGGGUUCCCACCGGGCGACUUUGACGGCUACGCUGGAGCGACCGACCCGACGUUCGACGGUGGUCUGCCCAAUGACUUCGACGCAGCCGCGUCCCUGAUGCCGGGUGGCACCCCCGGACCGUCAAAUCCGAUGUAUCCGAACGGAAGUAUUGGCCGUCGCGCGAGUCAUAGUGCUUCAUCGAGGGGAAACAGAGUGUACAUGAUGCAUGCUGAGGACAUCCUUAAUGAUAAUGAGGCCCGGAUCCAGGUCGAGAAUGAGGGUGAGGAGGAUGAUGAUGCCGUGCAGAUUGUGGAGGUCGUGAAAACCGAACCUUCGAUCAACGGGGACGCAGAGGAGUAGAUGUUGACGGUAUUUUUUUUCUCUUGUUGUUUUCUUUUACUCACGACCAAAAAGCGACUUCGGAUGAACUUUGAUGAGACUUGUGAUUAGAGAUGGUGUGUGCUUUGUUACAUUUCAUUGUAUACAACCUCUCAAUUCGAAUUACGACUUUCGAUCUAGAUUUCCUUGGUGUAUACUCGCUAAUCCCUAUCUUCUCUCUGUCUCUUUUCC